AUGUGUUGUUCAGAGCUUAUCAAGAGGAAAAUUUCGCAGUGUUUCAACCGAGAAGCAACAGAAUGGAUUGAAAAGAACUAUCAAGAUGUCUCCAUCGACAAAAUUUACAUGAUUCAAUUCUCUACACGACUCGCUUUUCUCGCUCAUUGCAAUCCCGUUAUCAAGGAAAUCUUCGACUCGGCAAAAAAUGAUGGGAAAGUAAAUUGGAACUCCAUUCCGCAAUAUUUCAAGGGACCAGAAUCGAGACAGAACGAGUUUGACCAGCUGAUGAAUAGAAUUGAAGUUUUUGACUUCGAAGUUCUCCGCGAUGAAGAAACAUCUUCCGACGCUCUCCUUAUUUAUGCGAAAGAAAAGUCUGUAGAUGGCGACCAGGACAGGGAUCUUUAA